AUGGAGGAAAAAGCACCAGGAGAAAAGUACGAAUUUUAUGAGAAUGUAGAACAAAUCCUAAAUGAAACCCCGCGAAAUAGAAUAAGGAUAGUCUUAGGCAAUUUUAAUGCUAAAUUGGGAAAGGAAAACAUAUUCAGAGGUAAUGUUCAUGGUAAUCAUAGCAUGCAUUACAUAACUAGUGAAAACGGACUUAGACUUAUUGACUUUGUAAGUGUUGGAGGACUUGUUGUGAAAAGCACAAUGUUCCCACCUCAAGACAUCUACAAGAGAGCUUGGAAAGUGCCUAUAAUGGUAGAUAUACGUACUAAUCAAAUAGACCAUGUUAUGAUUAACACAAUUUUUAAAAACUGUAUACAUGAUGUUAAAACAGUCAGAGGAGCUGACUGUGAUUCGGACCACUACCUGGUAAAAGGAAAGCUAAAUGUGAAACUUAAAAAAUUGGCAGUUAAGAAAUUGUGGACAUAUAUGAAGUAA